AUGUUAUCAUCAAUAGCGACUCUUUUCUCCACGCCGCCAGACUUGACCUACGGUCGUGCUUCACUUCCUUAUAGUAAGCGUGAGCUCGUCUUCCGUUCUGCCCCUUACCACCACACAGAACACGUUGUUCCCUUCCUCAACCAUCCAACAUAUCCGAAUGGCGAUCAUUUUGUAUAUUAUCAAACAUGGUCACUUUCAACCGUCAAACAACGAAAUGUUGAUGUUCUUCUAGUACAUGGUAUGGAUGAUUACGGAGGUCGCAAUGCAGAUAGUGUUGACAAACUGUUGGAAGAAGGUUUCAGAGUCAUCUCACUCGAUUUGCCCUCAUUUGGAAGAUCUUCAGGAAGACAUUCUUAUAUAAACGAUUGGAAAGAAUUAACUGAAAGCGUUCGCUGUGUUAUUGAGCACUUGAAGAAGGAAAACGAAAACUACAACGCCUCGUUAACAGAUUCUACUCGCACCCUCGCAUCUCGUCCUCAACCUCGCAAACUGGUUCUUUCCGGCCGGUCUCUGGGCGGUUUUGUAGCGCUAUCUUAUUCAAUUCUUUACCCCGAUACGAUCGAUAUGAUACACUUGCUGUGUCCGUUGGUCUUUGUCACCGAAUCAUCACGUCCAAGUAAAUUCACAGAGUAUAUCGCAAAGGCAAUUGCAAAGACACCGUUUGGGUAUUUGCCAGUGUCUAAUGCGCCAAGGGGAAAAGGCAGUCGUGAUCCGAAAGUUUAUGAAGAGUUUCUUAAUGACCCGAUGACGUAUCACGGUGGACUCCGUGGUCGCACGGGUAUUGCGCUCCUUUACGGCACUCUCUGGCUCGAGGCCAAUCUGAAAGAGGUCUCGCACCCGUUUCUUGUGCAGCACGGAACAUCAGACAGAAUAUGCUCUGUGGAAGGAAGUCAGUUGCUAUAUGAAACAGCUAAAACAUCAAUAGACAAGAAGAAACUUAUACUAUACGAUGGACUUGAGCAUGAAAUGUUGCGAGAAGAGGGUCGUGAUAAAGUUAUCGAAGAUUUGGUUGCCUGGCUGAUUGAAAUCGAUGAGAAUGAGAAUAUCUAA